AUGGAUUACAUCGGAUAUACAAUGAACAUUUGUUUAAUUCUUUUCAUGAUUUCCGUUACCGGCAGCCACUGCCAGUACUACAGCAACCGUGAUAUCAUUCUGACACCACACCAACUCAAGACCUAUCCGGGCAAGAUUUUGUACUACCGACCCCACGAGUUCGCCACCGGUCCGGGGGUCCUGGACAAUGUCGUUCCUGCACAGCAGGGAGGAGUAACCGGCACUACGGCGGUACCCUGGGAGGAUGUACUGAAGGAGACCGUCUUCCUCGCGCUGAACGAUAAUAAAACCAGUGCCCAGUCAGGCGAUGGCAGCAUGACCACCAACCAGCCGCUGUACAUUAUGCGGCAGCAGAGGGCCAUUUAUGCGGCGCCGUACAUCGGAAUGGUGGACCUGAGUGUUCCUCGCUUCGGUGAUAUUGUGGAGCUGGCCCACGGACGGUUGGAAAAGGAGAGCGAUGAUAGGUACUAUUUUGUUCAGGACGAUCCCGGAUAUCGGCAGGAAAGUGGACGGAAUUUGAGUGCCUUUUGGAAGGUGGAACGGAUCCGACAUCGGGACGAGCUGCGUGGCCAUCGGUACGAGCUGAAAUUUACUGUUGCCCCAAUCAAGGAUUCUCUGUUCGAUGAAAGUGCGAUCGUGAAUAGAAGUUUUGUUGUGCGGGAUGAGGAUUAUCCACGGUACUUCGGCAUGCUAUCACCCAAUGCGAUUCCGAUGAUGAAGAAGAACGAUCAAUUUAUGGAUCGAGCUGUGUUUGAUUCUGCCAUGCCAUAUCAUCCGGCUUUCGGUGGGAAUAGAUUAUAUCGGCCAACGCAGGCGACGAUUACUCUUGGCGAAUAUUUGCUUCAAUCACUGUUCUCCGGAGGUGAUAGUACACCAAAAGCCAGUCACUACGCACCGAAAGCUUACCGAUUUGGAUCUGCCUUUAAUAGGAUCAAAUUCCCAGAAAUCUACACAGCACAAACGUCGCCUAAAUUUUACCAUCAUAUGCAUUUCCAGCGGCCGUCAAUCGCUCCACUAGCACCGACUGCACCACCGAUGCCUCCUUUGAUCAAGGAUCUUCAUAUCCCAGCUCCGAGCAACGUCCAACAAGAUCUCACCAGACUAGUAGACUUCCGCGGUGCAACUGACGCGGUGGAAGCAAACUCAAAUACGGAGAAUAAUGUCUCAACAAAGCCUCCUUCUCCACUACCACAGUUGAUGCCAAACUUUAGAUAUCCACCACCGAUGCUGACAGUCCAGCCAACACAUAUCCAUCACCAUCAUCAUCUACAGCAGCAGCUACAGCAACAACAGCAACCACUACAACAACAACAGCAAUCUACCGGACCGAAUCAGCCACUAAACCAACAGCAGAACAACAUACCCCCAAUGCAACCGCUUCCACCUAACCUUGUCCAAUCAAUCCCCGUUUACAACCCACAGAGUGGAGUCAUGCUGAACCACAUCCCGAUCUCUCCUAAUCACAUGAUUCAGGUUUCUCAAGCUCCAAUUGCCAUACCAGUGCAUCUUCAAUUACUCCCACCCCAAGGACAGGUUUAUGCUCCCCAACAAGACGGACUCCAUGCUGUUCCCAUUCGAAUUAUGCAGCAAGCUCCAAGCUACAUCUAUUCCCCGGUCAACCAUUUCCUCGCACCACAACAUCAUCCGGCUUUCCUUGUUCCUAAAUUCCCGAAUCAGACGACCCACUUCCCGCAUCACACACCCAACAGCAUCCCAACCACGCUGAAAUACAGCAGCACCAACACCGGAUACCCAUUCAAAUACACUCCGCAACCUUCGACCAGCCCGUACGUAAGCCCAACGGCUUCACAUUAUCGCUAUUCAUCCCUGCCAACAGUCCAAUCGUCACCCGCUGGUAAGCGAGAGAAAUUCACGCCAUCGGCCUUCAACCCUGUCUCGAGCAGCAGCAGCAGCACCACUCCUCCACAUUACUACAAAGUCGACCCAGACACCGCUGGAAGCACACCGAUCGAUUCUGCUUCACCCAAAUUUCAAUCAUUUGGGAUAGAAAAUGCAGUCACACCAAAAACCACCACCGUCCUCCCAUUCGCCACAGCCGGCGACAGCUCGUUCACUCCCUCGAUCGGUCACACAUCCUCGGUUCACCAAGGGUUCGUUAGUAAUUUCCUCGACGAUAAAGGAAAUCUUGGCGAAAAUGGCAAAUUGUUCUCAGAACCAGAUCCACUGUAUCACAAAAACACGGGAACUACACCGAUCUCCAUUACCAGUCCUAGUCCAUCGGUGUCCUCAUCGGGAGCAUUCCCUCACACGGUCGGACCAAGCUACACACCCAAGUACACAUCACACUUCUCGUACAAACCGUCUGCAACGCUUGCGCCUCCUCAGAUCGAGACUCCGAUUUCAUCAACUCUAAAGAGUUACCACUAUCUAAAUCACGAUAGCUUCGAUUUUGUUCCAUCGAGAGUUGUAGAACUGGCCCAUGUGAAGAAGGUCCCGAAAAAGCAAGGCUCCAAGCGUAAGAAUCAGGCCAAUCAUCAUCAAAUCACCGUCACAAGUCACAAGCCAUUGAAAUUCAGCGAAUCACCCGACUACGCCACACACCGACCGGAAGCACAAAUGAGUGUUCAACUACCGCCUCCGGAGAAGGACUAUACCACCUACUACGGAACUCCGAAGCAUAGCCACAAGGUGCAGAGACCAAAGAACUACGUCACUCAACCAUAUAGCAGUUCCACGACUCCAUUCCCAACUUCAUUGACAACCCCGGCUUCUUCUGCAUCCGUUAGCACUACCCCAACACCACAAAUAACCUCAAGUACCGCUGGUACUCCAGCUUCAGUAGUCACCGAGAAACCCUUCACUCACUACCAACCAUACUUCAAGAAUAAACACGAAAAGUCCGAUGAUAUCUCGAUAACUACGAUGCGACCCAGGCUCAUUAUCAAAACUAUCUACAAAUCCUACCCAAGCACCCUGUCAACCAUCAACGGAGGAGCAACCGUCAACACAGCAACCAUCAACGCAGCUAACAGCGUUACAUCCACCGAAAAACCGACCCUCAAAUGGAUCCCGAAGCGACCACGCAACAAAUAUAACAGCACCAGCGUAGAGCAUUCCGGAUCAAGUUCCACUUCUUCAUCUGCAAGCAUCGAACAGUUCUCGUCCUCCUUGGAACAUUCCCCGACCUCGGACAUAUCCUCUAGCAAUCAACAAAACUCCACCUCAAUGCAGGCAACUUCCCGCCCGAGUCUCGAAAACCAGAUGAACCGAUUGCGAGCUUCUCGUGGUCGAUCGCGUUACACUCAUCGCCGUCCAACUACUCCGGGCAUGCCAACCGCGUCCCAGCACCCAGUAAAGCCUCAUCGGAUGCGGACGACGACGACGACAACGACAACUACCACGACUUCCACAACUGUUAAGCCCGGUCCUGUAAUAACUUCGUCGGUCUUCGACAGCAACCGGUUGGACAAUAGACCGCCAACGGAGGAGGAAGAUCAUAAACCCGCAGAGAGCGCCGUAGCUCCCAUCAGUUUGAAAAACACUAGCAACGAAAAAUCCAAACGUGACACCUCAACCGAAGAAAACGAAGUUAUAGUUGCUGAACCACUGAUCGCGAAUCUGGUCGCUGCUACCGCCCCAACCCCCGCCUAUGAAAUGAUCAAAGCUGACAUCCAACCGGUCGAAACGAACAACACCGACAUCUUGCUGUUCGAAGCCAGCGAUGCCAGCAGCGGCACAAUAUUCUCCGGAAGAGCUUCAAAAUCACCCAGCCUGGAAGAUCUGACCAUGUCGAUCAUCAACCAUGCCCGGGCACUCGCUAACCAAACACAGAAACCACCGGAGGAACAGAACGAUCGGACGCUUCAGACGAACGAAAUCGACCAUAAAGCACCGGAACUGCCGGAGACUACGGUUCCGAUGCCCACGGCAGUUCCCAGUACCAGUGAACCUUCGGUCGAGAGUACGAUUCCUCAGAGUGGAACCAGCAGCGAACAGACGGAAGCGACAAACGCCACCACUGCCGUAGAAACCGCCGAAACGGAACCAGUUGAAGGUGAAAGCGAAAGUAGGAGUGAAACCACUGUUAGUGUAGACAUUUAGUGCGUGUGUGAGUGACAGUAGAACAAGUCUAAAGUUAUUAGGUAGAGUUUAAGCCAAGUGACACCAAAUUAAUUUAAAGUGUAAUUUAUAAUAUUUAUACAGCAUAUAAAACUAAGAAGAGAAAUGUGAAGAAAAACCCAGAGGACUGUGAGAAAAAAAAACUGAUAAAAAACGCAAAAGAACUGAGAUACCCGCCGGUAGGAACCGAUCAUCUGUGAACGAAUGAGAAGAGCGAGCAGCUUGUGGGAAGCUUUAAACAACGAAAAGCUAUAGGAGCCGGUG